GCCACAAGGAGAAAGUAAAUUCCUAUUUUAGAUGGCUCAGAGGGCUGAUCACAUCUCCUUAAGCAUACAAGAUGAACCUGCUAAUCACAUCUCCUCAAGAAUACAAAAUGAGCUUGCUUGCUUUUCUCCUCCACCAUCUGAGCGUUGCAUUUUCAGAGUGCAUGACAAACUACGCACUCAUAAUGAGAAAGCCUAUGAACCGAGUAUAAUUGCAAUUGGUCCUUAUUACCAUGGGAAAGGUAAAUUGCAAGAGAUGGAAGAACACAAACUAUGGUAUCUGCAACAGUUGCUUCAACGAAAAAAUGAGACGAUUGUGGAUAAAUAUGUCAUGGCCAUGAGUGACAUGGAAGAGAGGGCGAGAAAAUGUUAUGCAGAAUCAAGUAGCCUUGACAAAACGGAUUUUGUGAAAAUGAUGCUUCUUGAUGGGGUAUUUGUCAUUGAAUUUUUUCGCAAGUGCAAUUCGAAAUCAAAUUAUGAAGAUGACCCUCUUUUCCAAUUUUGGGCAAUUCAGGGUCAAGUAUUUUGUGAUUUAUUACUAUUGGAAAAUCAACUUCCAUUUUUUAUCCUUGUCCAGUUGUUAAACAUGACGAGGGAUCCAAACACAGAAGAAGACAUCAUUUCUCUAGCAUUGUCUUCUCUAGAAGUGGUGCCAGGGCCAGAUAUCCCAGUCGAUGAUGUCAAGCAUCUAUUUCACCUAGUCGAUGAUGUCAAGCAUCUACUUCACCUAGUACAUCGCAGUAUGUGCCCUUCAUUUGCUAACGAAAAUGAAAAUGACCAAGACAAAGGCAAAGACGAAGACAGUAUGUACCUUUCAUUUGCUAAAAAGCAAAUGAAAGGCAGUACUGCUAAAAAGAAAAUGAAAGGCAGUAUGUGCCUUCCAUUUGCUAAAAAGUCCAAGUCCUAUGGUGAAGAAAAUGAAAAUGACCAAGACAAAGGCAAAGACGAAGACAAGAACAAAGGCAAAGACAAAGACGAAGACGAAGACGUGUUCACAUAUACUGCUACAGAGCUCCAAGAGUUUGGAAUUGAAUUCAAGGUGGCAAAGGAAAGUAACAGUUUGUUCAAUAUUAAGUUUGCUAAUGGGUCGAUGGAAAUUCCUCGGUUGGUAAUUGAUGACUGGACUGAAUCCAUUUUACGAAACUUAAUUGCAUACGAACAGUUUACUCCUGGGGGUCAACAAAAGUAUGUCUCAGAUUAUGCCAAUUUUAUGGAUUUUCUUGUUAAUUCUCCAAAAGAUGCCGCAUUGCUUCGGUGUUCUAGAAUUAUCGUUAACUUGUCAGGUGAUGAUAUUGCGGUGUGCAAUAUGUUCAACAAGCUUUCCAACGAUGUCAUGCUCUCGCCUAAACCCUAUCACAAUCAAGUGUUCACAGAUGUGCGUAAGUAUUGUAGGAGGCCUAGCAACAAAUGGAUGGCAAACUUAAGGCACAAUUAUUUCAACAGUCCAUGGGCAUCCAUUUCAGUUGUUGCUGCUGUUGUGCUCCUUCUACUGACUGUAGCCCAGACUAUAUUUUCUGCACUCUCCUAUAUCUAAAUGGAUCCCAAGAUUCAUUAUUCCCUCCCCCGGGAGAGAUAUCAUGUGUCCAUGUGUUGUAUCAAUUAAUCAGUGAAAUGGAACUUCAGUUUUUAUAUAUAAUAAAAUUGCUCAAGUUGAAUAGAUUCUU